AUGAAAACCACGGCCUCUAUAGUUCUCUCUCUCGGCUUUGCCUCUAUGGCGAGUGCUGUUAUGUAUGGAUACAACCAUGUUCCUCUCGUGAAGGACGCUGAAAUCGUUGCCGGUGCCUUCAAGAACGUCAAUGAUAUUAAGCUCCUGUCCCCAGCUUUUGUGACACCCAAUGUCCAACUUCCUGGGUUCCCUAACGGCACUCAAGGGCCGUCUUCUCAGAGCGACAUGGAGGCAUUCCUCCAGCAAUUGGCGGAACGCAACGACUACAUGACCUAUCGUACCGCUAACUUCACGUCGGAAGAGGACCGCUCUCUCCCCUACAUCCACCUGUCUGCUAGUCACAGCAGUUCCCUCCACCCCAACGACUCUGUGUCUAAAGUGCGCGUGUGGAUCCAGGGUGCCGUUCAUGGGAACGAACCUGCAGGUGACGAGGCCACACAGGCCCUCCUGGGCAAGUUCGAUGACGACUGGGAGUGGGCUGCCUCGAUUCUUGACAAGCUGGAACUCGUCGUGUUGCCGAGGUAUAAUCCUGAUGGCGUUUUCUACUUCCAGCGGACUCUAGCGACCAACUAUGACCCUAACCGCGACCAUAUCAAGCUUGCUCGCCAACAGACGCGAAAUAUAAAACAGCUCAUGAACAACUUCAAUCCCCAUGUGAUAGUUGAUAUGCACGAGUAUUCUGCUGGGCAGCGUUUCGGCGAGGGGCAGUAUGUCCACGGCUCCGACGGUCUGUACUCGGCCGCCAAGAACCUCAAUAUCAAUGAGAGUAUCCGCAAACUCUCCGAGGAGCUCUUCGCUAAGAAUAUUGCCGAAGAUAUGGAAGCCGCUGAUUUGCGCGCCGAGCCAUACGUUACCGGCUCUUCUUCUUCGGAUUCCAAAUUCGUCGCUGACUUCGCCGAGGCGGGGACUGAUGGCAAGAUUGGUCGCAAUGCUAUGGCACUAACCCAGGCUGUCGUCUUUCUUCUAGAGAUGCGCGGCAUUGGUAUCGCCGAUCAGGAGUUUCAGCGACGCACGGCUGCUGGUCUAACCAUGCUGGGCAGUAUUGUGCAAACUGCUGCCGAUAAUGCCGAUACGGUUCUCAGGACCGUCGAGGACGGCAUUAAACAGUUCAUAGCGUCAGACAGCGAUAUUAUCGUCACUGACUACAGCAAGACUGAGAUCCGCCCCUUCACUAUGGUCGACGUUAAGAAUGGUAGCGUGGUCUACCCCCUGGUACGGUUCACAUCAACGACGCCCUCCUCCGCUAAUCUCACUCGCUCCCGCCCAGAGGCUUACCUGAUACCCGCGGCCUGGGCGGACCUUGCCGAGCGGCUUGAAGUAGCUGGGUUGGAAAUAGAGACACUGGACAAGCCCUUUGAAGGUACCGUCGAGGUGCUAACUAUUACAUCAACCGAGGUGGACAACUCGUAUUACGAGGGCGCGCUUCGCGUGACGGCGACCACGGAGACCAAGGAGGGCGACGUAAGCCUGCCAGAGGGUAGCUUUCGGGUGAGUACAAGACAAAAGAAUGCGGCGCUCGCGAUGGUGGCGCUGGAGCCGGAGAACAUUGACUCCUAUGUCUCCUUCAAUAUUGUGCCGGUGAAGAAGUCAGAUGAGUACCCAAUUUUCAGGAUAAUGUCUUAG